CAUACAAUAACACAUAUCUCCUUCUCUCUUUUCUCUCCCAAUCUUGCCUGCCCUUCUCCUAAAGGGUCACUUUUGGGAGAUUGGGAGGGACUGAAGCAGAUAUCAUUAUCAAGAGAUUGAGGCGAAGACAUUGUAUGAAAUGUCUUCGCCUACAGAAUCACCACCUUCACAAAAUACUUCUUCUUGGGGUUCUCCACCACCACCACCAUCAAACUCUUCUCCACCCCCUCCUCCCGACUCCUCAUCUUCUCCACCAUGGUCUGAUUCAAACCAAACCUCACCACCUCCAGCCUCUGAGAACGUCACCAAUCAAUCUCCUCCCCCUCCUGCCAACAACAACGAAUCGUCGCCUCCACCUAGUUCAUCGAAUUCGUUCCCUACGCCACCUCCUCCGUCCCGUUCACAGCUUCCUCCAGCGGCGAAACAUAAAUCGAAUUCAUCCCCGUCGUCACACCGUUCAUCAUCUGAGAAAACAUUAUCUGAUGAUCAAAAAGCGACAAUUGCAGGAGUAGCAGCCGGAGCAGGACUUUUGCUUCUCAUUUUGAUUGCCUUCUUGAUUUCUUGUUGUUGUCGCCGUAAAAAGCGAAAGUCACGUGCCCAAAUCCAUUACUACCCCAACGGUAACUACUAUCAAGGCAGAGGAGAGAAUAAUGGAAACUGGCACAACAACGCCGCCGUCCACUCCGGGGAGCAUAUGGUCAAGAUACCGCCACCGCCAGUGGGCCCACCAAGUGGUGCAGUCAGCUCAGAGUACGGAUGGCCAAUGGGGCCACCUCCGCCGCCGCCAAUGAUAAGCAGCGGCGAAAUGAACUCUGCCGCCUACUCCGGCCAACACCCACAGGCAAUGGCGCCUCCACGGCCAAGCAUCGGGGGUUUCAACCAGAGCAGCUUCACAUACAACGACUUAGCGGCGGCGACGGGGGGCUUUUCGCAGGCGAACCUGCUGGGGCAGGGCGGGUUUGGGUACGUCCAUAAGGGGGUCCUGCCCAACGGGAAGGAGGUUGCAGUGAAGAGCUUGAAGUCAAACAGCGGUCAAGGGGAGAGGGAGUUUCAGGCUGAGGUGGAGAUCAUUAGUAGGGUCCACCAUAGGCACCUUGUGUCUCUGGUGGGGUACUGCAUAGCUGGCCCACAAAGGAUGUUGGUGUAUGAGUUUGUUCCAAAUGGGACUCUUGAGUAUCACCUUCAUGGAAGUGGUCGCCCAGUUAUGGACUUCCAAACGAGGCUUAAAAUUGCUCUAGGCUCUGCUAAGGGCUUUGCUUAUUUACACGAAGAUUGUCACCCUCGCAUUAUACACAGAGAUAUAAAGGCUGCAAACAUUUUGCUGGACUACAAUUUUGAGGCAAUGGUUGCUGAUUUUGGACUGGCUAAACUCUCCUCCGACAACAACACUCAUGUGUCCACACGUAUCAUGGGAACAUUCGGAUACCUUGCUCCAGAGUAUGCAUCAAGUGGCAAAUUAACCGAAAAAUCAGAUGUAUACUCUUAUGGAGUAAUGCUCUUGGAACUCAUAACUGGAAGACGUCCGGUUGAUUUAAGCAAUGAUGACGAGGAUAGCCUUGUAGAUUGGGCAAGGCCAAUCCUCAUGCGGGCGGCAGAGGGAGGAAGCUAUGAAGAGCUGGUGGAUCCACGGCUAGAAAACAACUACGACCCGCAAGAGAUGAGCCGCAUGGUGGCCUGUGCUGGCGCCAGUAUCCGACACUCCGCCCGGAGGCGUCCCAAGAUGAGCCAAAUUGUGCGUGCUUUGGAAGGAGACGUUUCUCUUGACGAUCUCAACAGCGCCGCCGCCGUUAAAAGCGAAAACAGCAGCGCCACCACGUUCGGCUCCGGCGGCAGCUCUGAGUACGACGGGAACCCGUACGACAUGAAGAAGUUCAGAAAGUCGGUGCUGUCCAGCCAGGAGUUCAGCAGUGGUGAGCACGGAAUGACCGAUGAAUUUGUACAUCCAAGAAUCUAGCCACCUAAUUUAAUUAAUUAAUUAACAAGUCAAUACUUAAUUAAUUGAUUGAUUGUUUUCAAGUGUGAUUCCAUCUCAACUCCAUCUAUACAAAGUGUUUC